ACAGCCGAGGGCGGAGGCAGACCGGUGACAGCUGCAGCAGCAAGCCGGCCGAUCGAGGAUGGGGACCGGCGACGGCGACGCGGCGGCGGUGCGCACCGCGGGGGAGGCGGCGCGGAUGGUCUGGGAGGAGUCGCGGCGCCUCUGGGGCAUCGGCACGCCCAUCGCCAUCGCCACGCUCAGCCUCUUCGCCGUCAGCUCCGUCACCACCGUCUUCGUCGGCCACCUCGGCAACCUCCCCCUCGCCGCCGCCUCCAUCGGCCUCUCCGUCUUCUCCACCUUCUCCUUCGGCUUCCUCCUGGGCAUGGGGAGCGCGCUGGAGACGCUGUGCGGGCAGGCGUUCGGGGCGGGCCAGGUGGCGAUGCUGGGCGUCUACCUGCAGCGCUCCUGGAUCGUGCUCAUCGCCGCCUCCCUCCUCAUGGUGCCCUUCUAUGCCCUCGCCGAGCCGCUGCUCCUGGCCAUCGGCCAGGACGCCGCCGUGGCGCGGGAGGCGGCGCGCUUCGCGCUCCGCAUCCUCCCCGGCGCGCUCUCCUUCGCCGUCAACUUUCCCACCGCCAAGUUCCUGCAGGCGCAGCGCAAGGUGCUGGUGCUCGCCUGGGUCGGCGUGGCCGGGCUCGGCUUCCACGCCGCGCUCACCUACCUCCUCGUCGCCGUCCUCGGCUGGGGCCUCCCCGGCGCCGCCGCCGCCUACGACGUCUCGCUCUGGGCCAUCGCGCUCGCCCAGGCCGCCUACAUCGUCGGCUGGUGCCGGGACGGCUGGCGGGGCUGGUCCGUGGCCGCGUUCCACGACAUAUGGGCCUUCGUCCGCCUCUCGCUCGAGUCCGCCGUCAUGCUCUGCCUCGAGAUCUGGUACAUCGGCAUGAUCACCGUCCUCACCGGCCACCUCCAGGACGCCCAGAUCGCCGUCGACUCGCUGGGCAUCUGCAUGAAUGUGAACGGAUGGGAGGGCAUGAUCUUCAUCGGCCUCAACGCUGCCAUCAGCGUUCGGGUCUCCAACGAGCUGGGCUCCGGCCGGCCGAGGGCGGCGAAGCACGCGGUCAUGGUCGUCGUCGGCGAGUCGCUGCUCAUCGGGCUGCUCUGCAUGGCCCUCGUGCUCAUCUUCAGAGACAGCUUCUCCGUCAUCUACACCACCGACUCAGAGCUCCAGCACGCCGUCUCCAGGAUCGCGGGGCUGCUCGGCCUCACCAUGGUGCUCAACAGCGUGCAGCCCGUGCUUUCAGGGGUUGCCAUUGGAGGAGGAUGGCAGGGCCUUGUCGCGUACAUCAACCUUGGCUGCUACUACAUCUUCGGGCUGCCCCUCGGCUAUCUCCUCGGCUACAAGUUCAACUAUGGAGUUGGGGGGAUUUGGGCCGGCAUGCUUUGCGGGAUUGCGCUUCAGACACUGAUCUUAAUCUUCAUAGUGUGGAGAACGGAUUGGAACGCAGAGGCUGCGCUGGCUUCAAGCCGUGUGCGAAAGUGGGGCGGCGCAGAUGCAACCAAGCCUCUCCUGGAAUAGACCUAGAUCACCAUUGAUCAAUAAAACUCUGCUUCCCCGAAGAAAGAGAGAAGCAUAUCCCUAAGCCUUGUGGCGCCGAUGUAAAAGUUAGAAGUUCUCUAGCAGCAUUUUGUAAGAUGGUCAUUCUCAUGCCAUCAUUUCUUUUUUCUUUUCUUUUUUGAACCCUUUUCCAAAUUUUCUUAGACCAUGCUAUGCAGUGGCGCUUGUGUGCUUUAGUUGUGUAGAACUAGAAGGAAAUGCGCUUCUUGCUGCGCCGUUGUCUCUCAGCAUUGCGGCAGCAAGCUUUUUCCUUUGAUAUUUAUCAUAACAGACAUUUCAUGGAA